GUGUUUUUGAGUUUGAGGUUAUAGUUGUAUGUUCCUCCCAGUCGGCAUUGCAUUCGUUGCUCUCCUCGUUCAGAUUUUUGUCAAUGUAAAAGAACUACAUAUCUCUUUUUAUUUCUCUUUCCGUUCAUGAUGAUCAAAUUCGCCAAAAAAUGUGUGCCCCCGUUUCAUUUUUCCAAGACAUCAAAAUUAUCGACCCCUCAUUCUGCUGCAAUUUAUACCAGUACAUUUGGGAAGCUGGGCAAGUUCAACCCCAGUGACUUUAUACCAAAAAAUGUCCUUCAACCAUUCUACACAGCAUGGAAGCAAGCUGGCUUUGGUCGUCCUGCGGAGAAAAGGCCGUUUCCAAUUGAACUAAAGGCAGAUAAAGUGUACAUGUGGUGUGCUUGCGGCUGGAGUAAACAUCAGCCUUUCUGUGAUGGGACACAUAAAAAUCCGCUCAUGAAAAUAACAAUGAGGCCUGUCAAGUUUGCAGUGGAAAAAGAUGGCAAAUACUGGCUCUGCAGAUGCAAAGCUACAAAGCACCGUCCAUUUUGUGAUGGAUCACACAAGUGCGAUGAGAUUCAGGAUAAACUGAAGUACCUUUGAGCGGUUUCAAGCCUUACUACUGUUCACAGCUGAGUGUAAAUAUGUAAAAUGUCAGUUUAUACAUUUACUUAGUUUAAGUUAUUGUUUUCUUUUUUGUAAUUUUUAGUCAGUUGAAUAAAUUGUUCUAAUUUUUUUCAA